AUGAGUUACUUGAUGAAGACCGCAAUGCAAGGCCAGCGAGUUGACAAUGCAGGUUUUGACCUCAUUCAAAAUCGGAUCGAGUCAUUGAGCGGCAAGAUGGACACGCUCAUCAACCUUCAAGAAAAGGUCCUCAGUCGUCUGGAUGCUGAACCUGUAGGCACUGCAAAGGAGGAGAAUCCUAAAGUUAGCAAGGAAGAGAUCCUUGUCUCACGUGGAGAAGUGGGACAAGACGUUAAGGAAAUAUACCAGGAAAUGAGCACCAUUAUGUCAGCGGUCAACCAGCGGUCUGAGAUGCAGGCUCUGAAGCUAGAAGGCAUGGAGAAACUGGUGCUCAGCAUGCAGCAGGUGAUCAGCUUCAUCGGGGAGACGGUUAAGAGUUCCAGAGUGAUGGAGCUCAUGUUCAAAGGGCCUGCUACCAGAAAGGGUAACAAAGGAAAGCCAGUUCUGAAGAUGAAAUCAUCAGACACCAAAAAAACUGAGAAGAAAACUACCUCUAACAAAGCCAGUAAAGGAAAUCAAGAGAUAACUUCUGUUUGUGAGCCUGCUCCUUCACAGCCGUCUCACAGGACAAAGCUCCACGGACCAAAGCAUUUCCUGGCUGCUCGCAAAUCCACAACCUUUCUGAAAGAUCACAAAGGCAAGGACGGCGCAGAGAAGCCCUGUUUGAUUCCCAAAGGUCUGAAAGGCCAAAUGAAGAUGAAACCUCCGGACACAUCAGAGGUAGAUGUCUCAUUAAAGAAGCAGGCUUUGCUUCCGGAAGAGGUGCAGAAGCUUAACAGAGAGAAUGCGGAGAAGUCAGCUCACCAGCUCACCAAUGUAUAUUUGGAUCUGGAAACUGGCGUCCCUGCUCAAGAGCAACAGGAUCAUGGCGUAGAGGACCUUGCAGUUGCAUCCCAACAGGAGGCGGCUGGUGCAGAAGAGGAUGCGGCUAAGAUUUCUGACGGAGAUGUUGCUGAAGAAGAGCUCACGUUUGAUUUUCAUGAUGUAGAAGAAGAAGAAGUCCAGAAGAUAGAAGCGGAGGAGGAGUCCACAACCGAGGAUGCCUCCGAGGGUUCAGAGCUUCCUGACAAUCAGAAAGAACAAACAAAUGCAAGUGGCGACUGCGACGUGGCCUCACCGUCUUCAGAAGAUGACGUGGACCAGAUAGUAGAGCUCAACAUCGCCGAGGAACUGGUAGUGGUAGAGGAAACUCCAAAGCCAGACGAGGAGGAAGAGGAUAAUAAAGAGGCAAAGGAAGAGGACGAGCAGGAGGAGUCUGAGGACUGGGCCGUCUUCCGGGCGGAUGGGGUGGAGUUCCAGUUCGACCUGAAGGAGAGGCUGGAGCGAGAGAAGGAAACCAGAGGCGAGAACGAGGGACAGAAGGAGAAGGAGCACGUACAGCAAUACCAUAUUGAUACAGCUCCUCCUCCGGCAGCGCCGUUUAGUCACCGCAUCGUGUCGGCCAAGCCCAACCAGAUCAGCAACUUCUACACCAUCAACUGGCAGGAGGUUCUCGGCGGGGGUCGUUUUGGACAAGUGCACAAAUGUGUUGAAAACUCAUCCGGUCUGACGCUGGCUGCCAAGGUCAUCAAGGCCAGGGCCCAGAAAGAAAAGGAGGUGGUGAAGAACGAGAUCCAAGUUAUGAACAAUCUUGACCACGCCAACCUGAUCCAACUGUAUGCAGCUUAUGAGUCGAGGAACGACAUCAUCCUUGUGCUUGAAUAUGUUGGUGGAGGCGAGCUUUUUAACAGAAUCAUUGAUGAAAACUACACUUUGAUGGAGCUGGACGCUGUGGUUUUCAUCAGGCAGAUCUGCGAGGGCCUGCAGCACAUGCACAAAAUGUACAUCCUACAUUUGGACUUAAAGCCGGAAAACAUCCUGUGUGUAAGCAGAGUCACAAAUAAAAUCAAGAUCAUCGACUUUGGCCUUGCCAGGAUAUACAAACCAAGGGAGAAGCUGCGAGUAAAUUUCGGAACACCGGAAUUUCUGGCCCCGGAAGUGAUCAACUACGACUUUGUUUCAUUUAACACAGACAUGUGGAGCCUCGGUGUCAUCACCUACAUGCUUCUCAGUGGCCUCUGUCCUUUCCUGGGCGACGACGACAACGAGACGCUCAACAACAUCUUGGCCUGCCAGUGGAAUUUGGAGGAGCAGGAGUUUGUGGACACAUCUGAAGAGGCCAAAGACUUUAUCUCCAGACUACUGGUCGUCAAUAAAAGUUGGAGGAUGGGAGCAUCUGAGGCUCUUAGACACCCUUGGCUGUCGGACCCGGUCCUUCAUCACAAACUUAAUACCAAGAAAACCAUGUGCCGAUCUCGACGUUCAUCAUGUGUGCCCCCAACAGAUAGUUGAGGUAGUGGAGGGCACCAAUGUGGCCACUCGGACCAAGCCUCCUGUAGCUGUACACCCGUCCUGUCAAAACCAGUCGGAUUCUGGCUGAUAAUGUCUUUGUAUGAGCCAAAAUGUACUAAAUGAUCGUAAAAUAUCCUUUUAAGUCAGGGGUGUCAAACUCAUUUUAGCACACGGGCCGGACUAUUAAAAUCAUGGCAUUAAAACUAAACAACUAAAAACAACUUCAGAUUGUUUUCUUUGUCUUACUUUGGCCCAAAAUAGAACAAACACAUUCUGAAAAUAUUACAAUAAAAAUAUAGAAAAAAAAUACCAGCAGCGGUAAAGUUUGGAUCCAUGCAGGAAAGAAGAAAGUGAAUGAAUGUUUAUAACUGAAACAUUUACAUAUGCAUAAAAAUUUGUUUUCUUUUGAAUAAUUUUUUUUUAAUGAAUUAAGUAAUGUUUAUGACAACCUUUUUCCAAAACACAAUAUAGAAUGUGAGACAACAGGAUAAUUCAUACAUUUAUCAUUUGUUUUCAAAACAAAUGAUAAAUGUGGGACCCCAAAAAUGUACUGUGGGACCCCAUUUUUAUGACUUGAUGCCAUUUUGAAAAUUCCUAGCACCAACUAUUAGUGCGUGCAAAACAUCAGCAGGCAGCUGUGGCCUGUGGGCCGGUUCUAAUACUAAUCGAAUAUCAUCCCGGGUGCCAUAGAUAAUUAUUUGCGGGCCAGAUCCUUGACUUUGACACCCCUGUUUUAAGUCAUACCACAUGAGGCUGUCACGUGUCAUCCUGACCUCUUAAGCCGGUUGCAUCAAUGCAGUGGUUUUCAAACAUUUUUUAUUUAUUUAUUUAUUUUUUACAAAAGUACCACCUCAGAAAACACUUGGCUCUCCAGGUACCACCAUAGUAGGCCUAAGUAUUCAUUAAAAACAAGUAUAUUUAAUAUGUUUGGCCACUGUAAUAUUACACAGUUUGAACAGUAACACUGUUUGAAUAUAGGCAAAUAAAACACUGUCCUUUAUUCAAGUACCACUAAGCUAGAGCCAGUACCAGUUUGAGAAUCACUGCAUUAAUGUAAUAGUUUCCACUUUGCGUGGCAGCAUUGCUUUGAAUACAGAAUGUGCAUCGUUCUUUCUGCUCUUGUUCAUUCUCAAACAUCCUCACUCUGCUGCCUUACAUUAAUUAUACAUAUGUGUAUAUAUAUAUAUAUAUAUAUAUAUAUAUAUAAUAUAUAUAUUCACAUGGCAUUUAGUUUUAGUGUUCAUUUUUGCCGUCAAAUCAGAUCAAAUGUGUGUAUGUAAUUUAGUGUCUUCUAGUACGCGCACUUUAUGAUUGUAUUUAUUUAAAAGCUACUGUAGGUUCUACUGGCCUUGUGUGGCUGUUUUUUUGCCAUUAAGUAAUUUUUACAAAAAAAAAAAUGUCUUAUCAGCUGAAUGUUUUCACUUUAAAUCCGUGUCUGCACAAACAUGAAGUUAUUUUUUUUUUACAUUUUUAAAUCAAUGUACUGUAUGCAUGAGCUGUCAACCUACACUGGUGCCACUUUUGCUGUGUUAGAGAUGCUUUUUUUUCGCCCCCCAUAUGAUAGAUGUCUAUCACCUUCUGUGAAGGUUUACAAUAUAACUAAAAAGGAACACACUACCUACCUACUGUUGUGUAUGACACUCUUGUUAGCACCACACUUUUUCAUUUUAUGAUGGUUGUUCAAAUGUUUGUCCAAGUUAAACUUGUUACUUUCACUGAUUAAGCAUGUAUUAUUUUUUGUGUACACACCCAAUAAAUUGUGUCUUA